AUGAUUUCUUCCGAAGAAAAGGCACGCGAAACGGUCGACGAGGGGGGGAUCUCGACGCCCAUCGAGACCGAAGAGAAGAAACCUGAAGAUGGAUAUUUGGAGGGCUACAAAUUAUGGGUGCUUGUCGCAUGCUUGACGUUCGCAGGCUUUCUGCUCAUGCUGGAUGAGUCCAUUAUUUCUACAGCCAUACCCCAAAUCACCACUGACUUCGGAUCGCUGGACGAUGUUGGAUGGUACGGAACAUCCUAUCUUCUCACGAACUGUGCACUUCAACCGCUAUCGGGGAAAAUAUACGGUGAAUUCAAUAUCAAGAAAAGUUUCUUGACGUUCUUCUUCAUUUUCGAACUCGGUUCCGCUCUUUCUGGCGCCGCCCAAUCUGCCGAAAUGUUGAUAAUCGGGCGAGCCGUAGCCGGCAUCGGGGGCUCUGGUCUUCUCAACGGAGCUUACGGUAUCAUUCAUGGGAUUGCGCCAAUCGAAAAACAACCUCGACUACUCGGAAUCAUCAUCGGGCUUUCCCUCUUAGGAAUUCUGUCGGGCCCUCUCCUGGGGGGCCUUUUGACUGAGUUCGCUUCUUGGAGAUGGUGCUUUUACAUUAACAUCCCUUCCGGUGGCCUAACAGCCUUCCUCCUUACCAUCAUCCAUUUCCCAGGGGAGAAGAAAACCGCCGCCACGAGAAAACGAUCAUCCAACGACUACUCACUCUAG